AUGGAGCGAGGGGGAGGGGUGGGGGGUGUUAUUGACAAGUGGGUCUCGGAGUUGGGUGCUGUCGUGGCUGCUCAUUUUGCCCACGACCCGUUGCCGCGUGCUCUCCCGUCGCUUUUUUCGCAACUUCAGUCACAUUCCCCUCCGCAGGCGCGGCGGCUUUUCGCGGCGGUUGAUGCUGAUGGUGCGUCAGUGGUGGCGGAGGCAACAAGGGUGGCAACACCCGGUGGUGGAGAUGCGUUGGUGCGGUCCGUCGCGGUGUACCCGGCCGUGGCGGCGGACGAAGUUGCGGCGGCGCGUGGAGUUUGCGGCGGCGAGGGCAGGGCCCGCGUCACACAUGUCACUUCGGAGACGAGUGGCGGCAUCACAGCAAAACCGGCGCUGCCAUCAUCAUUUUCCCCAUUCACAUCGCCGACACUGUCAGAGGUCAAGACGCAGAUGCUUGAUGUCACAGAAAGAUUGCGGCAAGCACAGAGGCGGCGCGACGACCUAAUAUUGCAGGAGGACGAGGAGCAUGAUGUGACACCAGCCAUUCUCGAGACCGACCGAGUCGUUGCUGAGUUGGAGGCGCAAUUUCUUCGUUUGCGACAAAUACAGGCGGCGUUGCUUCAGCGUCCUCCACCAAGUGACUGCAGCAGUCCCGUUUCCAACAUGGGUGGACGCGUUUCAUGCGCUUCGGCCUCUUCCGCUGCGGCUGCGUUUUCUACAACGAAUACGCCUAAAAUGUUCACAACCACACCGGGAGCUGCUUCUGCCUGUUUCAGUUAUGUGAAUGCGUCAUUACCUAUUCUUGAUCGGAGUGGUGGCGCGUUUGAUAUGACCAGCGUUGCCCCCGACGCAGUUGCUAUGAGGGCGCAACGCCUCGUUCAGUUGGCGUGCGCUGCGGGAGAAGAGAGGGAGAGGAACACAAAUGUCAUGCUUCACCCUGAACUGCGGGAGGGGAAAAUACAUGAGUCACGGCUCCCCACGGAAAGCGCGCGUCAUCGUUUCAGUUGGGAGACGUACGAGCAGGAGUCAUCCCACCUGCAGCAGCGGAGCUCCCCUACCAGGGCCUCUGCUGAGCUUCCGGUAAAUUAUGUUAACCGCUACAGUGGGGAAAAUUUUAGCUGGUCGGCGGAUUUGCGACGGACCAUGAUCGAUGUGUUUGGCCUUCAUCAGUACCGAUUUUUGCAGCUGGAGAUAAUGAAUGCAUGCAUGGAUGGCCGUGACGCGUUUGUGUUGCUUCCAACAGGAGGAGGCAAGUCACUUUGCUAUCAACUCCCUGCACUGAUGCCAAACCCGGCGCAGGUGACCAUUGUAAUCUCCCCUCUUAUCUCUCUCAUUCAAGACCAAGUUUACGCCCUCAUCGCAAACGACAUUCCCGCAAUAGCGUUGACGGGUCAGACGUCAGACGCACCGCGGCGGGCCCUCUUUGCGGAGUGGGCAUCGGGACGUAUUGUCCAUACAUUGGUUUACGUCACCCCGGAGUAUUUUGGAAGAAGCGACCACUUUGUGCAGUGUCUUGUGCACCUCGCCAGCCGUGGCCUGUUGAGCCGCUUCGUCGUGGACGAGGCCCAUUGCGUCUCUCAGUGGGGCCAUGACUUCCGGCCCGACUACCGUAAGCUGGCCAUAUUGAAGCAGCACUUUCCCGCCAUACCCAUAUCCGCACUUACAGCAACGGCGACAGACAUGGUACAGCAGGACAUUAUCAGCACACUGAGACUGCAGGAUGCGUUGGUCUUUAAGGGCUCCUUUAAUCGUCAGAACCUUUCUUACUCCGUCCGGAAGGUGGGACGCUCUGUUGGUCAAGUUGUGGUGGACCUCAUCAAGCACCGCUUUCCCCCGCGCUCUUGCGGCAUUGUCUAUUGUCUUUCGCGAAAAGAUUGCGAAAAUAUGGCUGCAGAGCUUGUUGGAGCAGGGAUACGCGCUUCGUACUACCACGCCGAAGCGAGUGGGAAAAACGAGAAGCAGGAGAGAUGGACAAAGGAUGAACUACAGGUCAUCUGCGCCACGAUUGCCUUUGGGAUGGGGAUCAACAAGCCGGAUGUGCGUUUUGUUAUUCAUGCAGCGAUGCCAAAGUCCAUCGAGGGCUACUACCAAGAGAGCGGGCGUGCGGGACGAGAUGGGCUGCUCUCUGAAUGCAUCCUACUGUGUUCACCAAGUGACAAACAGCGGCAUGAGCAGAUGAUAUAUGGCAGCAACGACUGGAAGACCUCCAUGUCCUCCCUGUAUCGCAUGUUGGCGUACACUAUGAAUGAUGUGCACUGCCGCCGGAUGCAGCAGCUUGGGUAUUUUGGCGAAGAUAUGGACGAGCACUACUGCCUGAAACAGCCUGAGGGAUCUGUGGCGACAUGUGACAACUGCGCGAGUAAGAGGAGUGAUCGCUGGGAAACAGGAGAGUUGGACGUUUCUGCGAUCGUGAUUGAUUUGUUCAACAUUAUUGUGCACCUCGGCUCUCUCACAUCGAAGCAACUGAUCGGUGUUUACCGCGGCACGGCAGAUGUAGGCAAAGCUGUUGAGACCCGCAUGCGGCAGGCGGGUGCACCACCAGAAUACAAGCUAGGCGCGCGUCACACGAAGUUCAUUUUGGAGCGUGUCGUGCUUGAGGCUCUUCUUCUUGGAAUCUUCAAGGAGCGACUUGAACGGGUGACGGACUUUGUCACGUGCGCGUAUCUUGAGGCGGGCGAGGGCGUAGGCAUCAAGGUAUACCACGAUGUGCAGAGCGGCAGACGUCGCAUCGUGCUUGCAGUGCGCGGGGAGAGUGCGGCGGCGGCACCGCGGGAGGCGCUUCAAGCCGCCAUGAAAGCAACAAGUGGCAGAGAAUGCGGGACCUGUGAGACGGCUGCCCCAGGAUCAAAAUGUAAACGGAAACGCGGUGUGACUGCGGCAACUUCCGCCAAGACUACGCAUUUGGCUGUGGAAAGGAAUCAGCGGCAGACUGUGAAGGGUAAAGGGCGGCGGAGAGAAAUCAAGGGGGGUGUUAUAUUGACGGAGUGUGAGCAUUCAUCAUCAUCAUCGGUGUCUUCGUCAUCUAUCUCGCCCUCCAACGACUCGCUUGUGGGGUUUGUGACUGAGGGAUCAUCUGUCACCUCCCUGUCAUCACGCUCCCCGCCUUGCAGGAAACUUUGCCGUCGUCACCACUCACACCGGUCACUGUCAUCGUACGCUGCGGGGGAAAGCGAAGUGCAUUUGACAACAAGCAGCGCAACUGCGCUCUCACUCUCGGCUGAGACGCCACGGAAGGCGGUGGUACCGGUGUCCGCCGCGCGGUUGCGGCAGCUUGAGGCAGAUCUCCUCACCCAGAUGGAGGCGCUCGUGCAGUCCCUCGCGGAGCGCUCAGAGGGCGGGAGGCGGUACAACGUCAUGCCAAAGAAAACAAUGCAGAUGCUCGUGGCGACGCUGGCUGAGCCCGGCUGGGGCUCCGUAUCACAGCUGGGUGACCUGGAAGGCCUCGGUAAAAACAAGGUGAGGAAGUUUGGCGCGGAUAUAUUGCGUCUGUACCGGCAGUUCCGGCAUGAGCACAUUGGCGAUGUGAGCGAGCUCACAUUGGUGGAGGAGGAGAUGCUUCGGCAAACAACAACUGUCAUUGCCAACCGUCAUCGGCUUUCGCGCGGAGACACACACGCUGGACAAAUUAUCGAAGAUAAAGACACCCCAGUGAAGACACAUGGCUCUGGAUUUCCUGCGCCUCCGCAAGGAAUCCGUUUGCUAUUGGACUCCGAUGGCACGCCACGAAAGUCGACGCAUCCAACCACAACACCCACCACCACUACCGCGGCAGCAGCAGAUGCCACAAUGUUGGCGGUGUCUGCUCCGCUGACAACUCCUGCAACAGGCCAUGCACUACCAAAAAAGACAUUGUUUAAAGUUCCGAAUGGGACUCCGAUUGGAAGUGUGCUACCGGAAGCGCCAUCGCCAAGACGCCAACAGAUGCAGCAACAGCAGGCGCAAAUAUUCACUGUGCCUGAGAGCCCGAUGCCGCCAUGCAGUGCCUGCACCACGCACGAUCCGACGGUAUUGCACCCACCAACCGUUCUUACUUUCUUGAGGCCGGUGCUGCAACAAACCGCCGAUUCCUUGGUGCUGUUCCCUGCGCCCCAGCAGCAGCAGCGCGUGGUGCAUCCAGCCAUUGACCAGGAAGUGCUGGGGGCAACUCCGAUGCCCUCUCAGGUGGAGCCUGUUCUCCUUGCACAGCACCCAGCGGUGGACUUGAUGGGCGUCGACUAUUUGCUGCGGAUGUGCGAAGAGUCUAACGCCCGCACGCCGCUGCGCCCGUCCGUUGGCGCCAAUUCAAAUGCGGCUGUCCACGACCACGUCAACCGUGCCGGCGGCGCCGAGAUUAUCACAGUGGACUCGGGGGACGACGACGAGGGGAGGUGA